AUGGAAAAAAAGCGCAAGACAGGUAACAAUAUGACUUUAAAACUGCCAUGAUUACAUGUCCUUUGGAAGUACUAAUACACACUAGCAGCAUCAGCCAAUCAUAAAUGCCUUAAAGUGAAUACCCAAUGGGAUGUCAGGGAAUGCUAAAAUCUGACUAUAUAAACGGUGCAUAUUCAUUCAUAUACAGACUGUUUCGGAGAAUGUGGGCCACAAUGUCAACGCUUCGCUGUUUGGCCGUCCUUCAGGCUUUCACGCUUCUAGUUACUGUCGCUUUUGGCAAGUGCUGAGAUUUCCUUGCAAUUAUCAUCUGCAUUAGGCAGCGCAUUAUGGUAGAUUUGAGGAUAUUUAGCAGUAAACUUUACAUCCAACAAAUUGUCCGCAGCAGUUUUCAUUCACGAUACGCACAGAAAAAUGCAAAUAAUCUAGCCAUUUCAAUCGCCGACUAUAACCCAUGGUUUAAUACUCCUUCCUUUUAGCAUACAUUGGCAGAUCACCAGUCUAUGAACUGUGCAAACAGCAAAAUAGAGAAUGCGAACUUGUGGACUACAGAGCUGAAGACAAGACCAAGGGCGCAGGCUGUCGUGCGGCGUGUGCAAGACAACGAGGUUCGCCCUACAGAAUUGCAUUCUCUCCUUCUAUAUGCUAAUUCGACCUGAUUAAUGCUGCGUUUGAGCGCAAGCUAACUGUUUAUCAGAGUUGGUGGCAAAAGUAACAAAUUAUGUCUUUUCUUUAGGGGACCUAAAUGAGCAGAUGACAGUGUACUUCUGCGAAGAAUACAACAGACCUUGCCAUCCGUACACGGUUUAUGGAAGAAGUGGAUACGCAGAAAACAUUGAAAGGCACGCCAUGUGCGUCAAAUUGUGUCACUUUACCGCGAAAGGUAUAAAGCCCUAAUGUUCAUUAGUCUUUCGUGUAAUUUCCUUUUAGAAGUAUUCAUAGCCUCUUGCAUCUUCGCUAGGCAUGCCUUUGCAUGUGCUUAUUUAAUCUUAAAAUCCGACAUUCGGGUCUAACAUGCAAAUGAUGGUUGACUUUUAGUUGAACAUAGCUCCGAAGACAAGUUCGAAAUGUGCUCGGAAACCACAGAUUCAUGCCUUGACAUAAAGCGAAUAAACGGCACCUUCAAUAACUUCAAUAAAUGCGCCUUCAAAUGCGAUGGCUGGACAAAACGUGAGUUGUUAUCGGUGCGCUAG